UCAUUAUUAUCUAUUGGUAAUUUUGAUGACAAUUUAUCUGAUGUGAUGAAUGUUGUUUUUGCAGGAGUUAAUUUAAAUGUCACUAAUGCAAGUGGAAAAACUGCCUAUGAAGUUGCUAAGGAAACAAAUCAACCAUUGACAAUGGAAUUUCUGUCACUGAACAUUGGUUGUAACCAACCAGCAAGCAUUACUGAUAGAAGACAAUUACCAUCUUUGCCACCAAUUCAGAUACCCAAUGUAUCACCUCAGAAUACACAAGACGAUUACAAAGGGUACUUGUAUAAGACCAGUACAAAUAGAAAAGCUCACGAAAUUGCAGAGAGUCGCUCCAUCAUGGACUUAUCUGGCAAUGAGAUUAGAAUCAAGGGUAAUUCUGAUGCUCGUUUGAAUAAAUCGUUGACUCUGAGUGAAUUUUUAAUUGCUUUUGGAAAAUACAAAUCCAUCAUCUGUGAAGUUUAUCCAGGUAGACAAGAGGAAUUGGACUUGUAUGAGACAGACGUAAUUGAUAUAUCCAAUAGUUUUGGUGGUGGGUUGUUUUAUGACUACCACAUUCAAUUUGCUACCAAAGCAGCUGCUUACCUCCAGUAUAGAAAUAUUAAAGUGGAUUGGUCUGUCAGAGAUAAUGACAUUUUUAUUAGCAUUACUGCAGGUCGCAAAGCCAUAUCGUGUACUAUCUGCAAUAGUACACUACAUUUUUCUGAUUUCUGUCCACGUAAACAGUUCAGCCCACCCCAACAACGUAGCAAUUGCUGUAUGGAACUUGCCAUGUGGAGAGAUUUCCUUGACAAUUGGAAUGGUUUGCAUUUCUUUCUCCACAGCAACAUUAUCAAGUCUUCUGACUUGGACCUUUAUACUAAUUCUUCACCAGUGUUUGGUUUUGGGGGUUAUUUUCAAGGCCAAUGGUUCAGUGAGCCAUGGCCAACAGAUUGUGAUUUUGGUGCAGAUCUGUAUUCUACAGCACUAAUUGAGUUACACCCUAUUGUUGUGGCAGCUAUGCUUUGGGGCAUACUUAUUGUUUUGAGAUUGGGACAGUUACUGGUAGAACUUACCUCUUCAGUGCUAACAAACAAGAGUGAUAAGAGACAAUGGGUAAAGACAAUAACUAAGUGUAUUGUACCAGCUUGUAUUCUGGAACAUAUGGAGGUUUUUGAUAGGGCUGGUUAUCUAUACAAGAAAGAAAGCACAACCAGCUUAAGUUCUUGGCAAAGAAGUUGGUUUAUUUUAGUUGGGAAGAAUUUCUGUUUUUUCUCGGUGGAAAAAAAUGGUUUAGAAAUCUUGGAUUUGAGGAAACUAAUCAGUCUCAAUUACUUACCUGUAAUAUCAAGUAACUGUCCAAGUGAAGUCAAACAAAUGAUCUCUGUUGUGUUUCCAAAGAGGACACUGUACAUAAUUGCUGAUAACAAAGAGGAGAAUGAAGCAUGGUUUAAUACUAUUAAAAGUACAUCCUCUGUGAGUGGACGGAAUCUCCAUGAGCAGCAGCUAACUGAAGACAACAUUCCUGUUCCUGUAGAUAGGUGUAUAGAAUAUGUAGCAAACCAUGGAAUGGCUGAGGUUGGAAUAUACAGACAGGCUGCCACAGAGCAUCUUGUGAAGGACCUUUUAGAUGACUUCAGCUGUGAUGCAAGAGCUGUCAGGCUUGAUCACAUCCCAGUUCAUGUUGUAGCUAAUGCACUGAAAAGAUUCUUUAGAAAUUUACCAGAACCAUUGCUGACAAAGAUAUUUCAUGACAAGUGGAUUGAAGCCUCAG